CGGUUCGUUUGUAAAACACAAUUAUUCGGCGGCCGAAUGUCAACCGUCGACGUCUUUUUUGGUAUCAGCACGAAUCGGUGCGGUCCCGCAAAUUCACAUAUUUAAAGCUAAAAAAAUUCACUAUCAUACUUUCCUGAUUUCUUAACAGGCAGUUGUGUCGCAGCGUCGAUAUUGUACGGUCUGAUUUUAAACAUUUAUUAAGAUUUUUUAACGUUUCGUCGCGCACCGACGGACGCCUACCGUGGAAGUUUUUUCGUACGUGUCGACGUAAUUCUUACAAAUGGGCGCCCAAGCCCCGCCCGUUGCAAGCACCAUAGUCCAGACAAAAUGUUCGCCGUGAUGCAAAUCGACGAAGACACAAGGGACUUCAGGCGUAAACUGCGCCCAAAAUGCGAGUUCGUCUGCAAGUAUUGCCAACGUCGGUUCACCAAGUCCUAUAACCUGAUGAUUCAUGAGAGGACCCAUAAAAGCCCGGAGCUGUCUUUCAGUUGCGAGGUUUGCGGGAAGAGUUUCAAAAGGCAGGACAAUUUGCGUCAGCACAGAUGUAGUCAAUGCUUGUGGCGGUGAAGGUGAUGGAGUUAGCACGAUCCAACUACGGCGGUCUCUUACACAAUAGA